CAAUUAAUUACAUUACAAUCUACUACUACUUGUUAUUACUACGUAAAAUGAAGAGAACCAAAGAAUCAGAGCAACAGUCCAAAGUUUCAUGCGCGAAGCAACCUCCCACCUUGCAGUUUCUCUUCUUCUUUAACUUUAUAUACUGAAGUGCCUUAUUUACAGAUUUUUGGGUACCCAUUAAUGUGAAUUUUUUAGCUUGAGUUAAUUUUAAAAAAUGGUGGGUAUUUUUUCCAAGUUUUCUGGCAGCAAAACUGGACAUCGGAGAACUCAAAGCGCAAUUGGCGAAAGGGAAGUCUCACCCCCUAACCCUGAGGACACUGGGGCUGAUGUUGCACAUUCUGUUGUUCAUGGUAUUGAAGUAGCUGUAGAAUUUAAACCUGUUGAACACCCAGUUGAGCCUCUUGACAAUGACAAACCUGUCAUGUGUCCACUGCCGGAACCUUCUAUUCUAAAUGAUGGAAGAAUAUGGAAAGAGCGGAUUUCUGCUGCAAAUGUGCGAAGAAGAUCAUCUGAUGUGCCACUUAGGAAAGAAGGGUCAUCUGGUGAUCCCGAAGCAGCUGCUGGGACUAGAUCGCAGCCCGCUUUUCCAAAUCGCAUGAUGCUACCGUCAAUAAGUGCCCCUGAACAUAAUCUUGUUAAAAUGCUAGAAGAAUGCAAUGCCUCUGGGAUCUUAUAAGUAUAUAUAUGUCUUAUACUUGGAUUCACUUGUGGUUCAUAUUAUUUUUUGAGGUUCAAUGCUGAAAUGAUCACUGUGAAUUCAUAUCUCUUGUAUGUGGAGGAGUUGGUUUUCUUGCGACCCGUGUAAUUCGGUUGUCAUUCUGUCAAACAAAUAUAUAAUUGCUCAAUGAAGCUGCCAUUAAUGUUUGUAUCUAA